AUGACAAAACGCUCAAUUGACACCGAGUCCACUCCCCCGGCCCCCCGCCGGGUCAAACCGACGCCGAUCGAAUUUCGCCCAUUCACAGUCGCCAACGUUAUCGACGGAGAGAUUGUCCAUCAAACCGCCAUCGCGCUGCACGGGGAAUGCCCCAUCUUCGACUAUGCCCACGAAACAAAUUUCGUCUCGGUCUCUGUAACCGACGCCUUCAACCAGUCCCAGCCAGUCCAGCACUGGCCCCUGCACGCCGGUAAAUGGAGUGCCCUUGCAAUGCUCGCCCCUGGUAUCAGCACCAUCAACCUAAAGCUCCACCACGCAUCCGGCGUCUACGACUCGGUAACAAUCUCGCUCAACUACGUUCCGCUGUUGCAACUCCCUCCGCUGCAUCUGGCUAUUAUGGUCGCCAAAGACUCGCCGUUACUCAUCGACUGCCCGCCCGCCAAGCACGGCGCGUUCGCAACGGCGCACAGCGAUGUCAACGCCGCUGUCGCCAAGCUCCGCAUGGCCGCGUACAUGUGGCAGGCUCUGACAGCCGAGGACUUUCGUGAAAAGGGCCUGGGCCGACGGUCGUUCCGGCUGGAUGAGGAGUGGGGGAGCACCACCACUUUGCGCACCACUCAUAGUCAAGCACAACGCGGAUCAUCGGCGUCAAUGGGCGCCGUCGCAAAAGUGCACAUCGUCCGGUCCGACAAGACCGUCGCGGAGAUUCGCGAUGCCCAGGUAGCGCAGCAGAAUCCGCGUGGCCGGAAUCGGGAGGCUCUACACCAGUACUUUGAGUCCGCCCUGGCUGCCUCUGGCAUCCCCGUGUUCCAGUCGGGCACCCGCCCUGUUGUCGCCGGGUUAAUCCUCGAUGCGCAUUACUCCGCUGAGCAGAAGCUCAUCCUCGGGCAUGCGGCGCUGGGAUGCCACAAGAGUGACGGAGUGUCGCUGGGGAUCUUCGGCAGCCACCUGACAUACUCAUGGCCGCGGUUCCUCGAGGAAGUCCCCGCGUGCCUGGUCGAUCAGACCGCAACGGGCGAUAGCGUCGGCAACGACAACGGGGAAUGCGACACGAUGCGCGGCGCCUGCUUCGUCGGACAAGGCGCAUUCCUACACGAGGUCGGCCAUGCGUUUGGGGCCGGGCAUACGACAGGGAUCAUGGCGAGGGGGUAUAGCCGGGCGUGGGCGAUGAACUUUAUCGAGGAUGAGGGGAAUGCUGGGAUGAAGAAUGAAGCAAAGUGGGAUUUACGCGACGUGCUCAAGUUCAAGCUGCUGCCUCAUUUUGCCUUACCUGGGGAUGAGUAUCCUGUGACUGCGGAGUUUAGGCAGGCUGGAGUGACUAUUGCAGUUGAUGCAGAAGUCGACGUUGAUGCAGGUGAGGGUGUCGAUGAAAUCAUCAAGGUGUCGUGCAAGGCAGGACUUGCGCGGGUUUCUGUCCAGACCGGCACCGACGAGCCCAGAGAGUAUUUUAGUGAUAUCACCGGCACCUGCACAGCCUUCAGCAUCAACACCACGACCGAGGACCUCGACCGCAGCAAAGCACUGAAGAUCACAGCCCUAGGCAUGAACGGCAAGGAACGGGUAACCAAGAACGCCUGGAGCCUCCUGAGAGAAAAGCCCUACAUCUCCAUCCCGGGCAGCAACAUCAUCCUGAACAAACAAUCCGUGCACUCGAACAGUUUCGAGGCCGACAACAACGACAAUGACGACAAUGACGACGAAGGCUACAUCCGCUGGGCCAUGCUUCUCCACAACCGCGGCAAAGACGGUGCCCUCCACCGCGCGACUUCGAUCGACCUCCGCGUUGGAUGUACCAUGGACGGCGCAGUCGUCUACUACGCCGACGGCUCGCAUCGGAACUGCGGUCCCGGAGGCGGACACUCCUUUGGCGGACAUGCGUCUGAAAGCCAUAAUCUCCCCGAGGGCGAAACAAUCCGCAAGGUCGUGAUCUGCAAGAAGGAUGACGGGUGGGGGAGUCUAGCGGGGAUUCGCAUGACUUUGGGGAACGGGGAGGCGUGGGGCCACCUGAACUAUGGUAACAGGGAUUACGAUGACGAGGAUGAGGACGAUGAGGAUGACAGUGAACAUGGAGCGGAGGAGUCUGAUAGCGAGGCCGUUGUCACCCUUGCACCCAGUGACGACGAGGAGAUUGUGGGAUUCUACGGGCAGAGUGCAGCGGGGUCCGGGUUCACCUAUCAGUUUGGGAUUUUGACGGCGCCGAGGGGGAUAGUCUUGCCUGAUGCUGUUUACGAUUUGCCAGAGUUUAUUGAGGUCUAG